AUGUUGCCUUAGGUCAGUACAACGCCUGAUUGCUUAGAACAUACUUUUUGUUUAUCAAGCUCCACACUUUUCGUUUUCGUUUUCAAUCGCAGAAACAGUCCAGGCCCGCCGGUCGUCUGGGUUAUACAAUUUCAGAGGAUCUAUGGAGGACUAGUAAAUCAUUAAAAAUCACAAUGAGACAGGAAACACCUCCGAUGGAAUCCGAUUUGCCUUUUGAUUUCAACUCAAUCAAAGAAGAAGAAUUUGACAAAUUUGUCGACUACAUUGUAUUAGACCAACCAGCAGAUCCGAAUAACCCAAAUCGAGCAGAGAGUUCAUUACCCAGAAAUCUCAAAUUGAAAAAAAUUGGAAAAAAAAUCAUUGGCGUAAAAAGUGCCAUAUACAUUCCAUUAGGCACAAGGUUCGGCCCAUUAGUGGGAGAAGUGUGCGUUAAAGAGCACGCGCCAAACGGAAAGCGGAAAUACUUCUGGAGGGUCCAACUCAUGCUAGGUCAAGAUAAUUUCUGGCGGAAAAUGCGCCAACAGAUUUAUAAAGAAAACAAACCAUUCUAUUACAUAAACACUUACGAUGAAACGAAAUCCAAUUGGAUGCGGUACGUGAGUGCCCCGUAUUCACCACAAUCACAGAAUUUGAUCGCUUGUCAAUGCGGAACUGAUAUAUUUUUUUACACUAUUCGACCAAUUUUUCCAAAUGAAGAACUUCUUGUUUGGUAUUGUCGUGAAUUUGCUGAAAGGCUUAACUACCCAUCAAGCGUUGAUCAGAUGAUACAACGAAUGCAAGGAA